GAAAGGCAUUUGCUUGGUCCAAAUCAAAGGAGCACGGCACGCAUACAUACAUAUGUAUGUACUCUAGCAUAUUCUGUAAAUCAUCAUCCAACUAGAUUUGGUGGAAGUACUUAGAUUCAAAUAUCGUUCAAGAGGAACUGAAAGCAAGAACCCAACCAAAACCCUCGUUAGUAAUUUAAUACGAUUCCUUAAAAAAGUAAUAACUCUAUAAAUACUCGAUGAGUCGGAGGAUGUUUCCAACUAACCAAGUACUCGAUGAGAAACUGACAGCAUCGUUUAAAUGCUAUUCGAUAACUUUUGUUUCGCUUCGAUAAGAGUUGUUGUUGUGGAACUGGUUUCUGCGUUUGCGCUUUAUUGUUUGGGUAGUUGAGGAAUUUGGACGUUGGCUUUUUGAUUUUAUAAUCAAAAGUGUUAUUUUUGUUCAAUGUUUUUGGAACCUUAUUCAAGUUAAGUUCUGAGCAUGUCGCGCCCCAUGACUGUUAAUGGGAAGUUCGGAGCUAGCGGAAAGCGACACCACAACAUACUAGCCGACCCUGAACGCGUAAAAAAAGACUUGGAAAAUGAGCGUCGCAUCACCCGUCUACGACAGGUACGCGAGAAAUCGAAUUGCCUGGCUCGCAAAAUACGCCAAGAUGUGGAAGAUGAGAAGUCACGACAAUUACAAAAACUAGAGCAAAUAAAACAGAAGGAGCUAAAUGCUUGGCGUGAGCAUGUUUUGGUCAAAAAACACCAAGACUACCGCGGCUCUAUAUUUCAAGUAGGCGCCGCCCACCGUGCUGCGCAGGCUGAAAAUCAAAUUAACGAGCAGCAAAAGCAACACCUCGCUCAAAAAAUUCGAAGAUGCAGCCGACAGGCGUGCAAGCGCGCAUGUAAACAUGCCAAUAAAACGCAUGUGCAACUGCAUAGGAAAACUGGAGGGAGGGACUGUAACAAUUAUGAAGGCCGAGCUACAGCAUGUACACAAACGCCAGUGAUCCCCAACACAGCCAUAUCCACAGACGUUACAGCAGCCAAGUGCAAUAACUGCUUGCGAUCGCCAAAAACGUGUAAUAAGAACAAUUGCUAUAUGUUGAACGUAGGAACUGAAGGCAAUGCAGGGAAGCGCAAACGCGGCACGUGCUGUCGUGAGAAUCCAAAUUGUCUAUGCGCAAGUAGCGAUGAUGAACAAUUAACAGAUAGUAGUUGCUCAUCCUUUCAUCCAGAUGAGAGUGACGAUGAGAUCGCAACGCUUCCGCCAAGUGAUUGUACGAACAAGAACCUGCAGCAAACGGCGCCCAUUAUUUUGGAUGUAGAUAUAGAUAAGGAGGACACGUUGGCAUUUAAUACACAAGCCGGCAUGGAUAUAAACGAUCGGUUUGUGCAAAGCAAUCGCAAUUUUAGUCACGUGGUCCGUUCAAGUCCUGAGUGCAGCCCCGAACGUCACCGUAAAACGCCUCAGAAGAAUGCACGGGAAAAAUGUUUGCCCCGGAAACGUUUCACCCAAAUUUCUGAGUUGGUGCAACGUUGCUCAAGAUCAACUGGAACAGAAAAGAGCGUUCUGUCACCACGCAGUCUCAACAGAUCUGUGCCCAGAUCACCCACAAGAGCAAAGUCACCAACGAAAACCGCACGAUCACCUGUGAGAUCAGAAAAAUCGUCCACAAAAAUGACAAAGUCGCCUACUAGACAAACAAGGUCGCCCUCAAGACAAGCUAAAUCGCCCACAAGACUAACAAAGUCAACAACACAAGAACCCAAGUCGCCCACAAAAACAGCAGGCAAGUCACCAACUAAGAGUAAAAAAGCCGCCGCACACGUGAAUUCGCCUCGAAGACAACAACAAAAUCGUAAAGGACCCCCACCAUCCGCAAUGGUUAUAGAUGCAGGACUUAGGCGCAAUUCGGCCGUACAAACAACACCAUGUGUGCCUACUUGUGGUACAUCUGCGGUGCAGACUGCGCCAUGUAUGGCCGAUGCAAUGUCACAAUGUACAUGUCCUAUGGAGCAGCAGUCCAUGCAGACACAGCCCGUGGAGCAGCAACCCAUCCAACAGUUUAUUCUGCAAGGAAUGACCACACAGCAACAUUUAAUCCAACAUCAGCCGCUUCAACAGCCACCUACGCAACAUCCGGGCGAGCAGCUCCAGCCCUCAGUUGGCACAGUACCUCGGCAACCAACUACAACUGCUACCCAUUCUUCAGUGUCUGCAACUACGUUUGUUAUGCGUCAGAGCCGUGCGGCUAGCGCGACGUCAGGGCGUGUGCACUUCUACGAUUAUAAUAACAAAUUUCAUAAAAAUUAUGAGGCACCCUCAACAGCUGUGCACACAAAUACUCAGGACGCCACACAAAUGAAUGCUAUGGAACAGGCGCGCAUGGAGGACCAUCUAAGAGAAUUACGGGAAAAGGAGUUGGACAAACUGCGGAAAAUAAGCGACCAGCGUGGUCAGAAGGCCUUGGAGCGUGAGCAGGUCCGUCGCGAUUGUGCAGAGUUGACAGAGAAAUUGGACGCGCUAGCACAACAGAAUCCACAGAUGUUACCCAGCGAUGCCAACUUUAUGCCCAGUCAUCGGUUUGCAGACAUGGCCGUACGCCGUGAGCUUAAAAUGAAUGAGGUGAUGGAAAAGAUGCUGCUACGUCCCGCUAUUAUAACAUGUCCCGAAGUGGACACUGCAUUGCCAAGAACAGCAACAACCCAUGCCAGUUGCAAAACUAAUCGCAUGAGUUCAAGACCAGCUCCAGCUACAGUAAAUGUGGGCGAGCGUGGUCGCAAAGCCGACGAUGGAGCCACUGUAACAUCCUCGAGCUGUUGUUCCAUACUAUUGGACUAUGUGGAUGAUCAAAGCAAGCAGUUGCGUACAGACCUGAAAGCUACUGAGUCCAACACCUCCAAAUCGGAGAAAUUGCAAAAUUUGCUCUCGCGCAUUGAAAAGAUUCGAAGCCAGCUUCUACAGGAAAUAAAAGCGGGUGGUAGCAGCACAGUUGUUGAUGAUGACAACGUACAAAAGAUGAUUGACAAUAUACGCCAGGAGCGUGCGGAUAUAUUGGAGCAGAAGGAACGCACGCUUGAUGCGCGCGAGUCGAAUCUACAUCAAAAAGAAGAACUGCUGGAGCAGCGUCUGAGGGAGUUUUAUCACGAAAAGCAAAGGACCGGCAAUGAAGACAUAGGGAAAAAGACAAGCAAGGAGUGCGAGAAACCCGUGGAGAUAGUUAUAAAGGUCCGAAGUGACGGCACUGUUAAACAGUGUGUACCUAAGCACAAGGCACGGGCAAAGGUAAAGCCGAAAAGCAGACCGCAGCCAACCACAGAGACAACAGAUGAGCUCACAGAUCAAAUCAAUGAGCACGCGCAACGUCAAAAUUCGUACGAUUCCAAUUCCACUGUCUAUCGCAGUUUGCCACCUGUUAUCUAUAAAGGCAUUCAAAUGCCAGAACAACAACGUGCUGCAGCUUCGCCUCCACUACACCCGUUGAUAGCACAGUAUGUACAGCGUCUGUUGGGUAUGACGCGCAGGGCGGUGCAGGACCUAGGCGUCAGUUCCUCCGACGUACCGACACCCUCUUCAUCUAUAGUCAACAAUCCUCGCAAUAUGUCGAAUAGCUCCGCCGCAGAUGAAACAUUAAUUGAUGAGCGACGUAUGCAGCGCGUCCAAGCUUUCAUCACAGAUAAUCGCAGUUUCAUAAACGAACUGGAGGACACGCUGCGUAACCAGAGCCAGUGCCAAUCAAAUGCAGAACACAGUAUGCGGGCCUUUGAUGACGUAUGGACCAGGAGGUUGGAAAGCAACAGUACAACAAAUAUAAAGCACGAUCAGCCCAAACACAGUCGUCGGACAACGCCAUGUGUUGAGAGAAGUCCAGCCAAAAGCCAAGAUACGUGUCCCCCAUCAUGCACACGUUCGGUCACCAUAGCGCCCGAUUCCUACACUCCACGCAAAUUGCCCAGCAGCAAGACAAUGCAAGCGAUGCUUAAACAGGCACAGGUCACGUCGACUAGCACCACUGUCCAGCGGAGACCGCAGCCUGCAAAGACAUCGCAGUGCAGCUCAACAGAUGGUGGAACAGAUGCCACGCGCCAAAUGGAGCGUUACGCAAAACUUACCGAGAACUGUACACAACGCAUCGCGGAACUUACGGAACUAAUCACCAAGGUGCGCGAGGAGAAGCAGCGUCUGGUGGAAGUUACACUAACUUCGGCUAGCGAAAAUGAACGUCAUUCAACGGAGUAUAUGGAGCUACCCACCGGGCCUGAUGUUCCGCCACGCUCUCGCACUGUUUCGGAGCGCAGUGAUGCGCAGUGCACCAGCCUCAAUACCAACACCUCGGAAGCUUUGCCGCUUUCUGAUCAGGAGCCAUUGCAAAAGCACAAACCGACGGGAGCAAGUCGCGAUAGUGGCAUUUCAAUCUCGCGCCCACACACUGCUCAGGGACAAGUUGCAGAGGCGGAGCCGUGUUCGCUAGCCUCCUCUACGCACAGCUCAAAAGCUGGACAUCAGCGACGUGGAGGUGCUCCGCCCCCUACAAUAAGACGCUACAGUCCACAAAUGGUCGAAGAGGAUCCGGCGCAUGAGCUGUCCACCAUUGCAGAAGUAGAUACGCCCGCUCAAUCGCAAGUGGCAGGCGUCACGGCCACUGCUUUGACCAACAGUCAAAAGUUGGUGCCUGUUCCCUUUCCUACAUUCGAGGAGUAUGCGAGGGAAAUUCACCUGGACCUUUCCCAAAUAGAUCCCAAUAAGAGUAUACGACUGCAGCAGGAGUUCAACGAGUUGGUGGAUGCCUUCCAGCAGCGUGUUGGAUCGCAGGCUCUGGACUAUCAUGAGUUCCCCAACAUCACCGCCUACCUCCACAACAUUACAUCAACUAAUGUGCAAGUGGAGCUACCUACGACCACAGACCAGAAUCAGUCGUUGAAGGAUCUUGUGCAACAACUGCGAGUGGCGAAUGCGAGCAUACGUGAGUUUCCUAGCCGACGCGAGUAUAUGCAGCAGUGUUUGGCCAAAAAACCACCUGAGGAGCGGGUUCUUAUUGAUAGCGCCAGCUUGGAGAAUCUCACAGACACAACAGAUUCUUUCAAUGUGGAGGCUGAGCUGCGGCAGCGGCGUAUUUUGAAAUCUUCCUUUAGAAGAGGUAAUGCCACCACCGAGCCCGCGGAUCACGAUGUGGCCAGCAGUACACGUCGCAAUAGCGCCGUCGCCGAGCACAUGUCCCAGCAACCGGAAGAAAGCGGCAUUGAACGCAUGUCUACAACCCCAGAUGGUGGGGCCACGCUCUCCAGUGACUUGGAUCGUGAGAUGCAGCGUUUGGGCUUAUGUUGGUCCGCAACAAUGCGACAACGUCAGCGGCAAGCAGAUACUCUGGGUAGCGAUAGCACUUCACCGGAGCAGGAGCGGCGGCCACGACCACGUGGUGGCCAAGAAAAGGCUAAGAAUAAGGAAAAUGCAGAACCAUUAACAACUGUUGAAACCCAAGAAGCCAGUCAGAUGGGACGAUCACUCAACUUGCGAGAGUUUCUCACGCGGGAGCUUCUGAAGCAUCGUAUAUAUUCGGACAGUGCCACUGAUAGCUCCGAUGAUUCACUCAAAGGCAACUUUCUGCAAUCUGUCAUCGACUCGCUCGGCCAUCACGCCACAGGGGCUACUAACGAUCGCCAGAAAACUUCCACACCUGUGGGCUCAUCUCAGUCGAUUCGUGAUAAAUCGGGCUCUGUUAAAAGCGGCAGCGUCAACGCUGGCACUCUGCUCUUCUCCGGCGAGAGCAGAAUCUCCUCAGUACAUUAUCCAGAUGGUAUGUCUCCCGCGCAGUCUAACCAGCGGGCUAACAAUAGGUCCGCAAAAUUGACAAGCACACUGCCGUCCCCUAAGGCUCCAGUAAGCGCACAUUCUAAAGCCAGCAAUGGAGCUUAUUCUGCAUAAAAAAUGUAUUUUAAUAUGUUCACCUUUUGUGUAUUAGAGCGUGUAUUGUGCCGUUUAAAAUUGUAUUUUAUUAUUUAUUUUGACGAAAAUUUUUUUAAAUUAUUCAAUUACCGCA